AUGGUUCCCAAUCUACCAUAUCCGGCCCCUCUUCCACCCUAUAGCAAGGCAGCUUGGAGGUGCAUCAUGCUGAAAAAAAAGGUCCACAGGCGAGAAGAGCCGUCUGCUGAGUCGUUGCAGCCGGAGAUAGGAGAACCGAGAUCUCUGCCUGGCCGAUCGAAACAGCCGAUGUGUCGUCAAGCUGGAACGUUCGGAUGUCUACAGGUACCCGAACAGUUGACGAAUCCUUGA